UCCACAGAUGAGAAUUUAACAGUGAAUUUCAUAAAUCGCAAUGGAGAAACUCUGACAGCAACAGUGAAGGAAGGGGAGAGUCUAUUAGAAGUGGUUAUCCGCCACCAUCUGAACAUUGAUGGAUUUGGUGCCUGUGAAGGGACUCUCGCCUGUUCGACUUGUCACUUAAUAUUCGACCAGAAGCAUUUUGACCAGUUGGGUGCCAUAUCAGAUGAGGAGAUGGACAUGCUGGAUUUGGCCUUUGGACUGACAAACAGGUCUCGUCUUGGCUGCCAGAUCUGUAUGACAAAGGCCCUUGAUGGGCUGACGGUGCGUGUGCCUAGAGAUGUGGCUGAUGCAAGAGGAGAGACGGUGGGGCAGCAGAGCAAACAAUGA